AUGUUUCUUAAGUUUAUUAAUAUUCCAUUACUACAGAAAUCAGAAUUAAGUAUCGAGUGUGCGUCCCUAACUCGGCACAAAGCAACAGAGACGGAGCCCGAGUUCAGGAGUCUCGUAAAAUAUGCAACGGAUCGACUGUUGCGCAGUGCGGCACCACGAUACGGUUCCAUCCUGCGGUCUCCCCGGGUGGCGUGGAUUCACAUCGACCGUCAGAUGAUCUUGACAAUACACCGACACGUGAUCACGCGGCUGACCAGGUUCAGCGUAUCGCACGACAACGCGAUGACGUGGCUCCUGCACGUGAGCCAGGUGCAGCAGGAGGACAGGGGAUACUACAUGUGCCAGGUCAACACCAACCCGAUGAUAAGCCAAGUGGGCUACCUUCAGGUCGUAGUACCACCAAACAUUUUGGACGAAGAGAGUACUCAGUCAGCGGUUGCGGUCAGAGAAAAUCAAAACAUCAGUCUGGUAUGCAAAGCUGAUGGGUUUCCUAAUCCGAAGAUUAUGUGGCGCAGAGAGGAUGGCCAAGCAAUAUCAGUGGAUCGUAGGAAGAAAGUGACAGUGUAUGAAGGUGAUACUCUGAGUUUGCAGCGCAUCAGCCGCACUGAAAUGGGAGCAUAUCUCUGCAUUGCUACCAACGCUGUGCCACCGUCGGUGUCCAAGAGAAUUAUUGUCGAUGUUGAAUUUUCCCCGAUGAUCUGGGUGCCGAAUCAACUGGUCGGUGCUCCAUCAGGGACGGAUGUGACCGUGGACUGUCACACGGAAGCACACCCGAGGGCCAUCUCAUAUUGGGUAUACGACAAUGUGAUGGUACUCCCCACCAAGAAGUACGCCAUCACAACCGAGGAGAACUCUUACAGAGCGCAUAUGAAGUUGACAGUUCGAAACCUGCAGACUGGAGACUUCGGAAAUUAUAGAUGCAUCUCCAAAAAUUCACUCGGAGAAACUGAGGGAUCUAUCAGGCUAUAUGAAAUUCCUAUGCCUUCUACAUCUCCAAAAGUAACAGAAAUGAAAAGCAGUGCCAAUAAAGAAAGUGUACGACGGACUAAUAUAACUCGCGCCGUGCAACGUGCGGAGGCAGGCGCGGGCACAGAGCGCCCGAGCGUGCUCCGUGCCCAGCUGGACCGGGCGCCUGAAAGGGACGCAGCCCACCACGUCUACAGGGCCCCACACCCGCACCACGUCUCAGGUGCGAGGAGUGUACACUGCUGGCGACAAUCCUUCUUGGUGAUAAUGGUCUUCGUUCAAAUAGACAUUCUUGUUUGA